AUGGAACAGACGCACGCUUACUACGAGGAAAUCGACAGCACACCUGCGUCAACCGUCAACCAAACCAGCGCAUUUAGUACUGGGUGCUGGUGGGUUGUUCAUCCGGUGACUUGUGUUGACGUACUAGAUUUGGGUACGAGAGUUUUAAUGGAUGUGAGGGUGUGGAUUGAGGAGACGAUGCCGAACGAGUUGUUUGUCCAAAAGGCCAAGCAUGUCAUGGAUUUCAAGACUGCAAGACAAGAGACGUUGGAGAAUGUGAUGAAGGAACUCGGUAAGAGAAAAACUAAAGGGGAUGUUGGAGGCGAAGAGGGGUAUGUGGGGGGCUGGGAGACGGUUGGUAGUGAGAAUGACGAGAAGGAGGUACUUGAAGCGAACGGUGAAGAUGGGAACAAUGAGCAUAAGGCGGAGGAAGGGAAGAAAGCAAAGAGACUAAGCCGCAAUUCUGAUGCACAGUUGGAAGAAGCUGCCGCGGCUGGGCGAAGGGCUGCUGAGGAGGCGAGAGUAAAAGAUGAGUACGAGUAUGUGGUCUAG